AUGUUAGCAAAUUUACGAAUAAGAAUUAGCAUUUCGGCGUUUAAUCAUUUUGCAUCAAAUUCAUUUUCAACAACCGGAAAUGUCUAUAAUCGAGCAAAAUACAUACCAAGACGAGCACUUUUAUAUGUGCCAGGCAGUAAUUUAAAAAUGCUUCAGAAAGUACCUCAAAUAAAGGUCGAUAGCCUCGUUUUAGAAUUAGAAGAUGGAGUUGCGAUGAAUGCGAAAGCGGAUGCAAGAACGAAUGUUAAAAAUUAUUUGGAUGAUUUACCAAAUAAAGGUGUUCAUAGGUGUUUUGAAUUGGGUGUGAGAAUCAAUUCGGUUUCAAGUCAACUUAUUCAUGAUGAUCUUAAGGAAUUGGCGAAAGCGAAACAUCUCCCUCAUGCGUUUAUGGUUCCUAAAGUUGAUUCCAUCGAUGAUUUAGCUGUUAUUCUUGAUGCUUUCAAGACGACUUAUGGUGAAGAAAGAAUUUCCAAUUCGAUCAUAAAUAACUGGUUAUUUAUUUUUACCACAACUGAUAAAGAUAUUGAUUUUGGAUUUUGGUAUUUGGUAUUUGGUAUUAGUGUUUUGGUAUUUGGUAUUGGUAUUUUGGUAUUUGCAUUCAAAGAAAACAAAGGAUUUUUUAAGGACGUUCGCUUAGUAAUUUGGAUCGAAAGUGCCCGUGCGAUUUUGGAUAUGCCUCGAAUAAUUAAUGCUGCAAUGAAUUUGCAUAAAACUAUCAAUUUUUUCAAACUAGAUGCAGCAGUGUUUGGUUCGGAUGAUUUUUGCGCUGAUAUAGGUGCAACUAGGACGAAAGAAGGCUAUGAGAAUAUUUAUGCUAGGCAAAGAUUCGUUACAUGCUGCAAAGCAUUUGGGAUCCAGGCUAUUGAUUCUGUAUACAUUGAUAUCAAGGAUAUUAAAGGAUUAAAAAAGCAGUGCGAGGAAGGUAAUGGAGUGAGUUGGGGUUUUGAUGGCAAACAGUCAAUUCAUCCUUCGCAAAUUGAGACGAUCCUAAAAUCAUUUCUACCAUCACAAGAAAAAAUCGAAUGGGCACAACAACUUGUCAAAGAAUUUAUGGAGCAUGAAAAGAGAGGUGAAGGAGCUUUUACCUUUCGUGGUCAAAUGAUUGAUCGCCCACUGCUUUUACAAGCAAUGAAUUUGGUUAAUUUGAUUGAUGUAGUAAAUAAAGAAUCAAAUAAUAAAUCCGAUUUGCAGUUGCAAUAUAUUCUUGAUACUGUUCCUUUAAAGUUUUUAUGUUCUAAUAUUAAAACAAUGUCAAAAGCAGAUGAAGGUCGUUUGAUCCACAUUGCAAAGAAACGAGAACGGGCCAAGGAAGCCAUCGAACAGCGUCGUCGGAAAAUCGAAUUGGAGACAAAGAACUUAAAGUCUGGAAUGAAGGCGAAGUUCACGGCAAAUUAUGAUACUGUUGAAGAGUGUAUGAAAUCAGCUACAGUUGGUCUUGUGACACUGGACGAAAUGAGGGAAAAGCAGAAAGAUGUUAGCGAAAUGAGGGAAUCGCAAUUGGUCCCACAAAGUCUAUCAAGAAAUGAAAAAAUAGAGCGUGGUGUCUUACAGAAUCAUAGGCUUGGUAUGGAUCCAACCGUCGAAACUGCUUUCUUGCCUGAUCGAGAACGCGAAAGUGAAUUGACAAAGCUUAAAGAUAGCCUAGCUAAGGAAUGGCAUGCUUUGCAAGAAAAAGAAAAAAAUGAAGAAAUUAAUGUGGCCUUCGCUUAUUGGGAUGGAUCGAGUCAUCGCAAAGAUCUACGGAUGAAAAAAGGGAAUACAAUUUCGCAGUUUCUUGCUCGAGCUCUAGAGUUAUUAAAAAGAGAGUUCAGUGAACUUCGUUCUGCCGUUCCGGAGAGUUUGAUGUUCGUUAAGGAAGACUUGAUUAUACCACAUUUUUAUACAUUUCAAGACUUCAUUGUUACCAAAGCGAUGGGGAAAACAGGCCCACUUUAUGAAUUCGACGCUGCGGGUGAAAUAAGGUUACGUCAGGACGCUGCAGUAGACUGUGGUGAAUCUCAUCCAGCAAAGGUAGUCCUUCGGAAUUGGUACGAGAAGAAUAAGCAUAUUUAUCCAGCUUCAAGGUGGGAAGCUUUCGUGCCUAACAAAGAAUAUCGACAAACAGUUGAUGAUUUGACCACUAUAUAA